AUCUGGAUGUUGUUCUUCUGGCCGGUAUACCUCAGCAACCGAGGUCGAGGUGAUGGGGUCUGCGAAUCUCACUAGCAGCUCCAAAUUAUUAACAGCCACCUCCUGUUUGGUCAGGGCCGAAGCCGCGGGACUUCCCGAUUCUCUUCCGCAAGUCUGGCUGCACAUUAUUACUCAGCUCUUGUUCAUCAUGCACAUCGAGUCUGACUCUUUGAGACGUGUCGCGAACAACUGAAACGGACGAGAUUGGAUGCCGGACAUAUCUGAAGGUUCGCGUUUGAUGUGGCUACAAUGACGAAUGCUGGCUCCGGAGGCAACGAACUACAGGGAGCUCGAUACGGGACGAAUCAGAAGGGGAAAAAAAUACGUAGUUCAAGCAUAAAUUGAAUUCCAUUAUCAACCUCGAAAGGUGAGAGAAGGGAUGUCCGUCGUAAAAAUAGUCCUGCCGUUCGAUAUAGCGAACACCAGGGUGGAGUAGACGCAGCUCUGCUAAAAACUGUUUGGUUUUGAUCUUCCACUGAACGAACUAAGAAAAAGUAUGCCUCUCUGCCACUGUGAAGGCGAGACGCGCACUGUGUGGUUGUCAGGUUGGCCCAAGGGAAAGCCUUGGGCUUGCUAUACAAUUGAUAAUGUGAGUCGAGUAGGUAGAGAUGGUAUGAUAUGAUGCUGCCACUCAUCAUCAGAGUUUGGCACACGUUUGGUGUGAAGCAUGGUCGCGAGGAGCCUGUUGAGGAGAGUUGGAAUAUGACAAGAGAAAUUGAAGAAAACUCGCAGACUUAGUGGCACUCCACGUGACCACAAAGGUUUCGCUUAUUUGGUCAUGUGAUGCUCGCUGUCUCGACCAUGUGAUGAAUAGAUCACCAAGGCCAUCUUAGAUGCCCUUUUGAUUGACUUGAUUGACCAUCAGCAUUAGGCUGUUGGUACAAAUCUAAAUGCUCUGGCUAAGGGUUAGCUUUGUGGCGCUGGCGAAGCUCAAAACCGGUUGCGUGUAAGAAUGGAGGCUUGGUAGAUGGCAGUGCUGAGCAAAAUAUAUAUCGAGAGAGCCCAUCGAUUACAUUAUGGCAUCCAACGCGCGAAUAGAACUGUCAGCCACUAAGAUAGCAUAAAACUCGCAGUAUUGAUGGCUGCCAGCAGUUACUCCAGACGCCCAUGUCGAAUUUGACGCUGGUACUACUGGACUCUUCGCAUCUGGCCAGAACGAAGCCUCAGGCAUAAAGGUACCAUCACGUGCCACACCACGCCUUUAUCUGCUCCGCAAAAAUUUGCACGCGUUCUUCUUCCUUUCUUCUUUACACUUUUUAAACCUCAAGAACGCAUAAUCAACCUCCAACUCCUGUUUAUCCUUUUCAGGUUAAUCCCAUAGGAUGGUAGGUCAUAUUGGCGAACGAGAUUAAAUGUACUCUGUACACGGGCGACUCAAGACGACUCCAUCGCUCUGCGUUUCUCAGGAAGCUUCAGUGCAAUGGUGGAAAUAGUCACGAGCUGCUCAUACAUCUCAAACACCAAAACCUAUUCCAUGUAAAUGCUCGUAUGCUCUCAGACUUAAGGAUUUCAACAAGUCUGGUUGGACUGUGGCUGCUGUUAUCGUCUCUCAUGGAUGGCUUGGGUGAACCGCAUCCGGCUCGCCUCCGAAAAAUCCGUAGCAAUUCUGGACUGGGAUUUCGCGCUGAGUGCUUGAGCCGGACCCGGCGGAAGUUCAUCAGGAUUCAGGGCCGUCGAAUGACAUCCUUGGGCCCCAAUGGAGCCAAAGCUCCUCUGGUCUGAUUGGGGGCUAGACUGUACUUCGCCCUGGCCGUCAAUACUUGCGAUAGUGUGGCCGAGCACCAGAAGAGAGUUUGCCUGACUCGCGUUGCACACAAUUCUUGAUGGUUAAUAUAAGAUAGUCUGAAGAGUGAUAAUGGCGAAUUCGAGCGACGCAACGCCCUGAAGAAAGCGCAGAUGUAGGUCAAGUCAGCUCUGUAGUUGACGCGGCAGUAAUACUUUCGCCGCUGCGAUCUUCCCCACCUCCGCAGCUCAUCCGUCGCCUUCUCCUUUUACUGUCCACCACCACUUUCUCAUCUUCUUCUCCCCCUCUCUAUCAUCUCUUCUCUUUCUGCACUUGCACAUACAAACGCAUGAUUCUUGUAAAUAUGUGCUGUUAAUUCUUCUAUCAAUUCCACCCGAUUACUCUCUUCAGAAGCUCCAAGCUAGCCUAGGCCUUCUCACGAACCACAGACCGGUCUCUCCGUAUUUUUACUUGACGGCGUCUCGGCGACAAUACCGCAAAGAUGGUCAUUGGCAUUAGUAAACGCCAGCAGCAGCGUAAUGAGCGCGCUUUGCAAGAUCUCAUUCGGUCAGUCCCCGGCAACGACCGAUGCGCCGACUGCUCAGCUAUGAACCCAGGAUGGGCAAGUUGGAAUUUGGGUGUGUUUCUAUGCAUGCGAUGUGCAGCCCUGCAUCGGAAGAUGGGAACGCACAUAUCCAAAGUCAAAUCAUUGAGUAUGGAUAGCUGGUCUUCAGAACAAGUCGAUGAAAUGAAAUCGCACGGAAAUACGAUUGUGAACAAGAUCUACAAUCCUCGGAAUGUCCAACCCCCUGUUCCAACCGAUAUUGACGAAUCCGAUGCCUGUAUGGAACGAUUUAUCCGGCAGAAAUACCAGACACGGACUUUGGAGGACGGCCGACCAAAACCACCUAGCCGUCAAGACCCUAGCUAUACUACUAGGUCGCCAGAAGGCUCGCCUCCACCACUUCCUCCCAAACCUUCUCGGCCGUUUGGUUUUGGCCUCCGGUCCGCCUCGUCUGCGACGAACCUCAGCCGUCAGUCCGCGAGCAGCCGUGGCCCGGAGUCUCCCGUGAGUGACUCGCGGCGCUCAUCCUUCGAGACCAAACUCACAAGGUUGAGGGAAAUGGGGUUCACGAACGAGCGCAGAAACCUAACGGCCCUGAAGAGCUUAGAUGGCAACCUGGAUAAAACCAUCGAGACGUUGGUGAGGGUGGGAGAAGGCAGACAAACUCCACAGGUCAAGACCCCUGCUGCGACAACAUCUGGCGCUUCCGUCAAUCCCUUCGAUCAACUGGACUUCAAACCGCCGGCGCAGCCAGCCCAGCCAAAUGGAUUGAGCUUCAAUCCUUUCGACAUACCUACACAACAGGCGCAGUUGCAACCGCAGCCGGCGCCUGCUCAGUCCCUUGAACAAUCCUUUCAGAACCUUCAAGUUACACAACCUCUCUUCCCACACUCUACUGGUGGAUAUCCAAACAGACAAACUGCUCAACCGCAAUAUAUUUACGGCCAGCCUGCUGCUCCAUUUGCUGCACCACAAGCCGGAUUCGUCUCUUCCCCACAGCCGCUUGAAGGUGGAAAUAAUCCUUUCUUCCAAACUGGAGCUCAGCCGCAGGCCAGCUUGAGCACACCACAACCUCAGAACCCCUAUCCAGCCCAAAAUAACCCCUUCUUCAACCAAAUGUCUACACAAGCACCGCAAAUGCCAUUGCAAAAUCAAAACUCAGCAUCUGCUUUUCCUCAACCGCCCCGGCAUGCAAACACUAUGCCGCCCAUGUCAACGUCGCCUUUCGGGCAGCCUCCUCCUUUCCAGCAGCCGCAGCAACAGCCACAACACGUACAACAGCAGCAACUACAACAGCCACAGCUUGGAGUGCAGACGGCGCAACCUGGAAACUCAUUUAACCCCUUCCAGUCCAUGACUGCACCAACUACUCCCCUUGCUGGAGGAUACCCUAGCCAAACUCCCUUCGGAUAUCCAGCGGCUGCUCAGACCCUCGCUCCACAACCUACGGGCCGGGUCGACAAGAAUAGCAUUCUUGCUCUGUACAAUUUCUCCGCGCCUCCUCCCGCGAUUCCAGAACAGCAACAGACCCAGCAACAAGCGGUGCCUGGACUUGGUGCUCCUCCCGGGCAGCUUCAGAACCCACAGGCAGCGUUCGCUUCAUCAAACUAUACCAACGCCGGUCCCCAGCCCAAUGUCAACGCGCAGGCUGCCACAUCUCGCAACCCAUUUGGGUACCCCGGUGCAUCUGGAGCCCAACAACCUCCGACACAGGUCCCAACUCAAGCAAAUCCGUACGGUUUGGCUAUGAAUUCCGCCAAUGCCGGAGCAAAUACUGCAUUUAUGAAGAGCCAUAUGAGCCAGCAAAGUGUGGACAUCAACGGCUUCCAGAACGGAAGACACAGUCCAGACGCGUUUGCUAGUCUCAGCUCACGAUUCGGACGAUGAAAUUUCUCGGCUAUAUUCUGUCUUUGCUUAUACCCGGUUUUCUUCCAAGGCUGUUUCGGGUGGUUAUAGGAAAUACUCAUACGAUUGCUGCAUUAUUAGCGGUGUCACAUCUUUGCAUGAUGGACGAAUGGAUCAUUGGGAAACUGUCAAGUAACGAGGUAGACUCGCAUGAUUGGAUACAAGUAUAUAUAUAGUCUGGCAAUCUGACGUCUAGAUUUGGUGGAUAUGACGCUUUGUGUGCUCGAUUGGCCUUGUGCUCCGGAGGCUGAUACAAUCUGCUCCGAUGCAGAGAUACAAUCGACCGGCAAGACCGAGCGCUUCACCGCAACUGGGCCUUGAGAUCGACUUCUCUAGUGCCAAGACCAACGGGGGUGCCAAGACUCGACGGCAAUCCAACCAGAUUGAGCAUGCGAGCACGUGUGCUGUGCGGACAGUAAUGCUCCAUGAUGUCAGCCUGCAUGGGGCUGUCGAGUUCUGGAUUCUCGGGUACAGUCGCUUGAUAGUUUCCGCCGUCUGUUCGCGGUGAUGUAGUGUGUAUCCUGCAAAAACAGAGUCAUUGGAUCGCCGCUCGGCAUCCAUCACGAUGAUUGAAUAUCACCGUCAUCAAACGUUGAUGGGAAUCUCGUGGUGUUAU